AUGAAUCAGGUUAAAGGAGAAAUCACGUAUAAUGGGCAUAGGCUUGAUGAAUUCGUUCCGCAGAAGACGUCGGCAUACAUCAGCCAGAACGACGUUCACGUACCGGAACUAACCGUUAAAGAAACACUCGAUUUCUCAGCGAGGUUCCAAGGGGUCGGAUCACGAUAUGAGCUCCUAUCUGAGCUCGCGAGGAGAGAGAAGGACGCCGGAAUAUUCCCCGAGGCGGAAGUUGAUCUCUUCAUGAAGGCAACCGCAAUCGAAGGAGUUGAGAGCAGUUUGAUUACUGACUAUACGCUUAAGAUAUUGGGCCUCGAUAUAUGUAGGGACACUAUUAUCGGAGGUGAUAUGCUGAGAGGAAUUUCGGGUGGGCAGAAAAAGCGAGUCACCACAGGAGAGAUGAUUGUUGGGCCCACAAAGACGCUGUUCAUGGAUGAGAUAUCGACAGGUCUGGACAGCUCCACUACCUUUCAGAUAGUGAGGUGCCUGCAGCAGGUCGUCCACCUCACCGAAGCAACCAUCUUGAUGUCCCUCCUCCAGCCUGCUCCAGAGACGUUUGAACUCUUCGAUGAUGUAAUCCUCCUCUCUGAGGGUCAGAUCGUCUACCAGGGCCCACGGGAACACGUGCUUGAAUUCUUUGAGAGCUGCGGUUUCCGCUGCCCCGAGAGGAAGGACAUUGCUGAUUUCUUGCAAGAGGUGACUUCAAGCAAGGAUCAAGAGCAAUACUGGGCAGAUAAGAGCAAGCCAUUCCGAUAUGUAUCAGUGACCGAGUUUGUGAACCGGUUCAGGAGGUUCCAUGUGGGGCUGCGCCUCGAUAACGAGCUCUCAGUCCCCUAUGACAAGAGAACUAGUCACAGAGCUGCUCUCGUUUUCAACAAGUACUCAGUUCCCAAAAUGGAACUCUUUAAGAUCUCAAUGGACAGGGAGUGGCUCCUACUAAAGAGAAACUCCUUUGUGUAUGUAUUCAAGACUGUCCAGAUCAUCAUAACAGCUCUAUUUGGAGCAACUGUGUUCUUUAGGACAAGACUACACACCAGGAAUGAAGAUGAUGGGGCUAUCUUCAUUGGUGCACUUAUCUUUACCUUGAUCAUCAACACCUUCAACGGCUUCGCCGAGAUCGCCAUGACCAUCACAAGGCUUCCUGUAUUUUAUAAGCAUAGAGACCUUCUCUUCUAUCCAGCUUGGGCUUUCACCCUUCCCAACUUCUUACUUAAGAUUCCGAUUUCCGUCCUUGAGUCUGUGGUUUGGAUGGUUACGACAUAUUACACCAUUGGAUUUGCACCAGAAGCUAGCAGGUUCUUCAAGCAACUUCUGCUAAUAUUUUUUCUCCAACAAAUGGCUUCUGGGCUCUUUAGAGUCAUCGCUGGAGUUUGCAGGACCAUGACAAUUGCCAACACUGGUGGAGCUCUCACUCUCCUCAUUGUCUUCAUGCUUGGCGGUUUUAUCCUCCCUAAAGAGAUAAUUCCAAACUGGUGGAUCUGGGGUUACUGGGUUUCACCUCUUUCAUACGCUUACAAUGCUCUUUCAGUCAAUGAGAUGUAUGCUCCAAGAUGGAUGAACAAAUUGGCAUCCGAUAACAGCACAAGAUUGGGUACCCAAGUGCUCAAGAACUUUCAGGUCUUCCAAAACAAAAACUGGUUUUGGAUUGGGAAUGCUGCUUUGUUGGGUUUCACCAUCCUCUUCAAUGUCCUUUUUACCCUCUCACUCAUGUAUUUAAAUCCAUUUGGAAAGAAACAAGCAGUUAUAUCUGAACAAGCAGCCAAUGACAUGGAAGCCAAUCAGGAAGGAACAAAGGAGGAACCAAGAACCAUUACAACAAGGUCCAAGACAGAAUCAAUCCCAAAAUCAUUAUCUGCUGGAGAUGGAAAUAAUUCAAGAGAAAUGGCAAUCCGACAAAUGAACAGCAAAACCAAUACCAAUAAAGGUCGUAGAAAUGCCGAUUCAUUGCUUGAGGCAGCGAGUGGAGUUGCCCCAAAGAGAGGAAUGGUUCUCCCUUUUACACCAUUGGCAAUGUCCUUUGAUAGCAUAAGUUACUAUGUGGACAUGCCCCCUGAAAUAAAGGAACAAGGAGUGACAGAAGACAGGCUCCAAUUACUUAGGGAAGUGACAGGGGCGUUUAGACCCGGUGUCCUGACUGCUUUGAUGGGAGUUAGUGGGGCUGGAAAGACAACAUUAAUGGAUGUUCUUGCAGGUAGAAAAACAGGGGGAUACAUUGAAGGUGACAUCCGAAUUUCUGGCUUCCCUAAAAAGCAAGAGACAUUUGCUAGAAUCUCAGGUUACUGUGAACAGAAUGAUAUCCACUCCCCCCAAAUCACAAUUAAAGAAUCAUUAGUUUACUCUGCUUUCCUUCGGCUCCCUAAGGAAGUUAGCAAUGAGCAGAAGAUGAGAUUUGUGGAUGAAGUUAUGGAGCUAGUAGAGCUCGAGAAUCUGAAGGAUGCUAUUGUGGGACUUCCAGGCAUUACGGGUCUGUCAACAGAACAAAGGAAGAGGUUGACUAUAGCUGUGGAGCUUGUUGCUAAUCCUUCAAUCAUCUUCAUGGAUGAACCAACAUCAGGUCUUGAUGCAAGAGCAGCUGCCAUUGUCAUGAGGGCUGUGAGAAACACGGUGGACACAGGCAGAACAGUUGUGUGCACAAUUCACCAACCUAGCAUUGAUAUUUUUGAAGCUUUCGAUGAGUUGCUGCUAAUGAAAAGAGGAGGACAAGUUAUCUAUGCAGGACCUUUGGGGCGACAUUCUCACAAGAUUGUUGAGUACUUUGAGGCAAAUCCUGGAGUCCAGAGAAUCAAAGAUAAGCAAAAUCCUGCAGCAUGGAUGUUGGAGGCUAGCUCAAUCGCAGCUGAAGUUCUUCUAGGAAUUGAUUUUGCUGAUUACUAUAAAUCAUCGGAUUUGUAUCAGAGGAACAAAUCAUUAGUUAAGGAAUUGAGCACCCCACCACAAGGAUCAAAAGAUAUCUAUUUCCCCACGCAAUACUCACAAUCAAUGUGGGGACAAUUGAAAUCCUGCCUCUGGAAGCAAUGGUGGACUUACUGGCGAAGCCCAGAUUACAACCUUGUCAGAUUGUUCUUCACCUUGGCUUGUGCUCUCAUGCUCGGAACAAUUUUCUGGAAAAUUGGCAAUAAGAGUGAGAGUUCAACUGAUCUGACCACCAUUAUUGGUGCCAUGUAUGCAUCCGUCUUGUUCAUUGGGAUCAACAAUUGUUCAACUGUACAACCAGUUGUUGCCAUGGAAAGAACAGUGUUUUAUCGAGAAAGAGCUGCUGGGAUGUACUCUGCGCUACCAUAUGCCAUUGCACAGGUGAUCACUGAACUACCAUAUGUCUUCAUCCAAACCACAUACUAUACGCUUAUUGUAUAUGCCAUGAUCAGUUUCCAAUGGACAGCAACAAAGUUUUUCUGGUUCUUCUUCAUCAAUUUCUUCUCAUUUCUCUACUUCACAUACUAUGGAAUGAUGACUGUGUCCAUCACACCAAACCACGAAAUUGCAUCCAUCUUUGCAGCUGCUUUCUAUGGACUCUUCAAUCUCUUCUCAGGCUUCUUCAUUCCCAAACCGAAAAUUCCCAAAUGGUGGAUAUGGUAUUAUUGGAUAUGUCCAGUGGCAUGGACAGUUUAUGGGCUGAUCAUAUCGCAAUAUGGAGAUUUGGAGGACCAAAUUAGGGUGCCUGGAGUUGGGACUCAGAGCAUUAAAUCCUAUGUCACAGACCACUUUGGGUAUGAUACCGGUUUCAUUGGGCCUGUUGCUGGAGUUUUAGUUGGUUUCACAGUGUUCUUUGCUUUCAUGUAUGCAUAUGCCAUCAAAGUAUUGAACUUCCAGCAGAGGUAGAAAUAUAUGAAUCAGAAGCUACAUAUAUUUGUAGAGCAUCUGACACUACUUCCUAGUACAUAUAUACAAGUUCAAAGUUCUUCAAUUAAAAUGUUUCACACAUCAAAAGAAGUGAUGUUGGUGUAGUUUCCAGUGUCAAAAAGGUGUAGUUCUUACAAUGUAACAAGGAGUUUAUAAGGUAUAUUUUUAUAAGAAAAGGAGGUUGUUGAUUUCUUGUUC